ACCAACAAGCCAACGGAACGCAACCUUUCCUCCAACACUAGAGGUCUAGAGCAGCGCGGCGCAGCGCAGCUCACCAAUCCCGACGCGGAUCGCCCAAAACACCAGGCGGAAUUUCCAAUCCCCUUCCCCACCUCGGGCUCGGGUCCUCGGCUCUUCCUCCCCCUCGCUGUUCGAUCCGUCCCCGGCCCUCCCAGAUCCGCCCGCGCCCAUGGCGUCGCGCAGGCGAAUGCUCCUCAAGGUCAUCAUCCUCGGCGACAGCGGGGUCGGCAAGACCUCGCUGAUGAACCAGUACGUCAACAAGAAGUUCAGCAACCAGUACAAGGCCACCAUCGGCGCCGAUUUCCUCACCAAGGAGGUUCAGAUCGACGACCGCCACUUCACAUUGCAGAUAUGGGAUACAGCAGGACAGGAGCGGUUUCAGAGUCUUGGUGUGGCAUUUUAUCGGGGAGCUGACUGCUGUGUUCUUGUGUAUGAUGUCAAUGUUACCAAGUCAUUUGAAAAGCUCAACAACUGGCGUGAGGAAUUCCUGAUUCAAGCUAGCCCAUCUGAUCCAGAGAAUUUCCCAUUUGUUGUACUUGGUAACAAGAUUGAUGUUGAUGGUGGUAACAGCCGGACCGUUUCUGAGAAAAAGGCUAAAGCAUGGUGUGCUUCUAAGGGGAAUAUCCCCUAUUUUGAGACGUCGGCUAAAGAAGGCUUCAACGUGGAAGCUGCUUUCGAGUGUAUAGCAAGGAAUGCUAUCAAGAAUGAGCCAGAAGAAGACAUGUAUCUUCCUGAUACAAUUGAUGUUGGGGGCGCUGGAAGGCAACAACGUUCAUCAGGCUGUGAGUGCUAGAAGACAUGGAUGGAGCCGAUUUCCUCGGUUGAUUGGUUUGGGGUCUAUAGGGUUUGUUGUUAAUCGGCUGUGUGUUCCCAUAUAUAAGUAUAUUUAGUUUGCGAGGCUGCUAUUUGUGGAUGGGCUACAUAGGGGUGCUUAUUGUGGACUCCCUUAUGUGGAUGCAGAAGACAUUCAUUUGUAACCGCUGCUGCUUGGUGGUUGUUGUACCGGCGCUAGAUGGUAGUAGGGUUGGAGUACAUUCUAGUCUUGUAAUGCUUUUGAUUGUGGAGGUGCAUGUAUGUAUCCAUGGACUGGUGUUUUUUGCUAGUGUUGUUGUAAAUGAAAACAGUCUGGUUUCUCCA